UCCAUUUGUAAAUAAAUGUCACACCCCCGCUUUUUUAUCUCUCUAUUAAUUCCUUCUCUCUCAUACAUGUAUAUGGAUGUAGCAAUCACGGCAUCUAAAUAUCUUACUUAACCAAUCUCGCUUACAAUGGGCUCUGAUAUCAUUUCAAUCUCUCCCACUAGGCUAAGAAGUGAUCUCUACGGGUUCGCGGCCGACGACGCAGCGCCGCGAACGCCGUUAGUGAUCUCCGUCCUCGCCUCGCUUCUGGAGCGCGCAAUUGCGCGGAGCGAGAGGCGCGGCGGAGGGGACGCGGGCUCCGACGACGCGAGAGCCCGCGUUUUCGAAUGCGACAGGGUUCUCGACAUGAGCAUCAGUUCGUUCUUGGAGAGGAUCUUCCGCUACGCCCGCGUGUCGCCGCCGAUCUACGUCGUGGCGUACGUGUACAUGGACCGGCUGUGCAGGUCCAACCCAGGGUUCCGAAUCGUGUCCACGAAUGUUCAUCGGAUUCUCACUACUUCCAUUAUGGUGGCUUCGAAAUUCGUCGAGGACAUGAACUAUCCGAACUCUUACUUCGCGAAGAUCGGGGGAUUGGAAACGCAGGAAUUGAACGGGUUGGAAGUGGAGUUGCUGUUCUUGAUGGGGUUUAAGCUGAACGUGAGCGUGAGCGUGUUCGAGAGCUACUGCAGGCACUUGGAGAGGGAAGUGAGUUUCGGAGGCGGGUAUCAGAUCGAGAGGUGGCUCAUGAAGGCGCGUAUUAUGUGCGGCGGGGAAAUGAUCACUUCGCGGGAGAGAAACACAACAACAGCCAGCAGCGGAGAAUUGAACCAGCUCGCUCGAGUCCCGUAGCGCAGAAAAUUAAUGCGGCAGCGGCUUCAAACCACGGCCCCAGCUAAGCAGAUUGCCACGUCAGCGCUCGCCAGCUGGACGUGUUUAUGAUCAGACCUUGAUAGGUCACGGUUCUAUGGUCCACAUGUUAGCGAAGCGAUAAAAUGUGUGAAGAACCUUUUUUUUUUUAUUUUAUUACAAUAAUAAUAAUAAUUCUUUUUUAGGUCAUAUUGUAAAUAAAUUGAAAUAAAUUAAUCACUUUAUAUGAAGCCAUAAAGUGGCGAAUUUUUAAGGAAUAUAUAUAUAUAUAAUAUGAGAUCAAUCAAUGUAAUUUUAUUUGAGUAAUUCA